GCAUAGUCUCUCACCAGUAGUUACACAUUAUUGAUCAUUAUUUUCCUUUCCUUCACACACAGCUAGUAAACCAAAUAAUGGAUUGCACUAAUGGAGUAGUGCCCAGUGAUGAGCAAUUGGUUCAGUGCCAAAAGAAGGCUGAAGCCUUCAAUAUGGCACAUCAAAUCUCCGAAAGGAGAUCCGCGAACUACAAGCCAAAUAUUUGGAAAUAUGAACUCCUUCAGUCUCUCAGAAGUGAAUACACUGAUGAGGAGUAUAAUGCACACAUGGAGAAGCAGAAAGAGGAAAUUAAGAUGAUGUUUGUUAAAGCAUUGGACCAAGUGGCUAAGUUGGAGCUAACUGACAAGAUAGAAAAACUUGGCCUGUCUUACCUAUUCGAGGAGGAAAUCAAAGAAGCCCUAGACAACAUAGUAUCCAACAGUCCAAGUGUAAAGGACGACCUCUAUGCUACUGCACUAUGCUUUAGGCUCCUCAGGCAGCACGGCUACAGCGUUUCUCAAGAUAUGUUCAGAGGGUUCGUGGACGAGAAGGAUGAAUUCAUGAAAGGAACACAUGCGCAAUUUGAUGUUAAAGCAAUGAUCGAGCUUUUUGACGCCUCGAAUUUGGGCUUCGAAGGUGAAAACAUAUUGGAUGAUGCUAAUGCUUUAUCUAGUGAAGUUAUCACAAAAUUGAGCCAUGAAGUAGAGCUUCCAUUGAACUGGAGAGUGCAGUGGUACAACGUGAGGAGGCAGAUAAUUGCGCUUGAGAAAGAGGAUAACACAAACCCCAUUUUACUUGAAUUGGCAAAAUUUAACUUCAACAUGGUUCAAGCCAUACACCAAAAAGAUCUUGGCGUGACAGCUAGGUGGUGGAAGAAUCUUGGUCUGGCAGAAAAUCUGAAGUUUACUAGGGACCGAGUGGUUGAAAGUUAUCUGUGGGCAGUGGGAGUUGCUUUCGAACCUCAGUUUGGAAAUUUUAGAAAAUGGUUAACCAAAGCCAUUACUUUUAUCAUAGUUAUUGAUGAUGUUUACGAUGUCUACGGUUCACUGGAAGAACUAGAGUGCUUCACUAAUGCAGUAGAUAGGUGGGAUCCCAAGGAGGUUCAACACCUUCCAGAAUGUAUGAAGAUUUGCUAUGAAGCACUCUAUAAUACCACCAAUGAAGUUGCUAACGAAAUUAAGAAAGAGAAGGGUUGGAACUCAGUAUUGCCUCAUUUGCAGAAAGUGUGGGCAGAUUUUUGUAAAGCCUUACUUGUGGAAGCAAAGUGGUACCACAAGGGCUAUACACCAUCCCUGCAAGAGUAUCUCGACAAUGGGUGGAUUUCAUCGUCUGGCACCGUGCUUUCUCUUCAUGCACUUCUUUCUUUUACACAAGAGGUCACAAAGGAGGUCACAGAUGUUCUAGAAAAUGGUCAUGACCUUGUGUACUAUACGUCACUCAUAAUUCGACUUUGCAAUGACCUUGGGACAUCAUCGGCUGAGCUAGAGAGAGGUGACGCGCCUUCUUCGAUUUUAUGUUUCAUGCGAGAAGCUAAUGUUCCUGAGGAGAUAGCUCGGAAGCACAUUAGAAGCAUAAUAAGGAGUACAUGGAAGAAAAUAAACAGUGAAUGCGUUGACCAAAAAGCUGAGUCACUGAAACCAUUUUUAAGGUAUACUACAAACACGGCACGAGUGGCAAAUUUCAUCUACCAAAAUGGGGAUGGAUUUGGUGUUCAAGACCGAGAAACUCGGGAACAGGUCCUAGCUGUACUCAUUCAACCUCUCCCACUCAAAGACAGAUCUUGAGGUGCUUGUCCCACGGUCUGUCAUGCAGAAAGGUUAUGUACUUAGGUCACAGUGGAAGACCCGCCUUCUAAUAUAAUAUAACAUUUAUAUAUAUAUAUAUAUAUAUAUUAAGUCUUCAGUGAGAAGCUAUGUUCUUUCUGCUGUGAGGAAGAAAGAUUGUUGGAGUCUGGGUGAUGUGUUUAAAGUUAUUUGCUUAUUGUAAUAUAUAGUGCAUUUCAUAUAAUAAUUUGUUGCAUCAGUGUGGUUAAUGUGGAAUAUGUUUCAUUCA